AUGUUCAUCCAGCUCAACGUUGGCGGCCGCAUCUUUUGCACGUCGGAAGCGACGCUCGCCAAGGUUCCUGGCAGCUUCUUGGAGAAGCUUUUACGUCGCGCCCCGGACGUUGACAGCGCGUACUUUCUGGACUUGGACCCAACGUACUUUGAGCCCAUUUUGAACCACUUGCGCUGCGACGCGCCGCUGCUCGCCAGCCUCGCGCCGCACGAGAUCGUCCACAUCUCACGCCAGCUAGAGUUCCUCCGGCUGCCGUUGCCCGUGCCACUAAGUCGCAUGUGGACACCGACCGACACCAACAUGCAGCUAUUGCACACCAACUUCUGCCAGACGGUCGCCGUCACGAAGAAUACGCACCAGCGCUCCGUGCUCGCGUUGGUGCCAAGCGACCGAUUUGCCGUACGCAUGGACUUUGUUCUGUGCAGUAUCUCGAUCGGGUUGACGACACAAGACGCGUUUGCACUGACGGCGCCGUCUGACGCCCAUGCCGCGUAUAUUUGUGGCGGCUACUCGAGCUUUGACAAUAUCAAUGCCGAGCGCCUGGACUUAGAGCGCAGUGGAAGCAUUGCCGUUGUCCAGUACGACCGCGACGCGCAAAAGAUCACAUUUGACGUCGACGGCGAACGUGUCGACAGUGCAAGCAUCGACUUGGUGCUGCCGCCGACAACCGAGCUCUUUCCGUUCGUCUCGUUUUACGCCAUGCCGUAUUCAGACACGGACGGCAGUGCCUACCUCGGGCAGGUCACGCUCGUGCCUGUGCCAUCGUCUCAACCCCUGCUCGCGAUCGACCCGCAGAUCCGACGCCAUGACGACACCAGCACGAGUCUCUUGCUGCUCCGAGACCUCGUCGUUUGGCCGUUCCAGUGGCUCACGUACGCCGCGCUUCUCUACUCCUCAGCGUACGUCCUCUUGACGCUCGUCGCGUACCUCGCCGUCGUUCCCAUGCUCCUUGUCGCUGCCUGUCUUGUGCCAUACACUGUGCUGCGCAGCCUCACAAGCCUCUUGACGCAACGAUUUGCUCCAUAUUGGUACCCGUGGAGUUUUGCGCGGCGGUCGCAGUGCAUUGCUGUCACGUACGACUUGAGUCGCCGGCACCACUCGAGCUGCGGCGACCAGUCUCGCUUCGUCCUGCGCAUGAUCGACGUGGACUCGCCGUCGGCGCUGAUGACAACGUGGGCGUGUCUGCUCGUCGUGCGCUCAGUCGUUGGCGUGGCACUGGGUGUCAUGUACAUCGUUGUGAUCGCGAACGCAAUGGACGACAGCAUUGGCGUCGUCCUGGCGGCCGUCAAGUGGCAAUGGACAGACCUGUAUGAGCUGUGA